AUGUAGUUAAUAGUUCUAGUUGUUUAAACAAAAAAAAACCUUUUUUCUUCAGUAGUUAGUUUAUUCUUCUCAAAUGCCGGUGUUCAAGAAGUGCGGCGAAUGCCGUGAGGCAAUGCCUGCCUCUGAUGGCCAUUCCCUGUGCAUUAGGUGCCUCGGGGAAGGCCAUAUACCCCAGAAAUGUCCCCACUGCUCCAAGCUGACAGCCAGAGCAAGACGGAACAGGGACAUGCGCCUAAAGAUCCUUUUAUUUGAUAAAGCUCUGCAACCCGAGGCCAAACAAUCCAAGGGACACACGGAGAAAACUAAAAAAAUGAAGAGGAAACCAUCGCCAGCGCGAUCCCUUCCACCCUUAAGAUCGGGUGCAGGUGACAAGCCAGGGACAUCAACGGCACCGCCCGCAAGCAUUGCGGUGGCGCCUAAAGACAGCCGGAGUAAGUCGGCUCCGAGCCCUUCUAUAUCGGGAUCCACUGUUUCAGCCGUUCCCUCGGUCUCCAAACCGCUUCCAGGGACUUCCACGGCUUCGAGAACCGCUGCCGGUACGGAACGCUCCCCGGCACCGAGCUGCAGCCGCUCCCCGGCACCGAGCUGCAGCCGCUCCCCGGCACCGAGCCGCAGCCGCUCCCCGGCACUGAGGCGCAUGCCCAAGCUGCCUGCAGAGCUGAGCCAUUCCUCAGAACAGGAGCGUACUUCGGCACCGGCUCAUUCUAGACGAUCACCAAAACAAACGCCGAAACCUUUGACAAGGCAACGCUCGGUAACUCCUGAGCAUCCUUCUCCUUCUACAUGGUCGGCACCAAAUCGAUCAUCACCGCCCAUGAAGCAACAAAAGCUUAAACGUUCAUUGGCACCUGAACGUUCCCCGUCAUCGAGUGUACCGGUACCGAGCCACCCUUCGGCACCGGAAGGAUCGUCACAUCACAGACUUUCCUCAGAAGGAUGUCCACCGGCACCGCGGCGGCCUUCUCCUUUCAGACUAUCCCCGGAACUGAGACAAUCGUUGGUACCGAGACAAUCAACUGCGAUGACGCGGACCACCUCGGCACGGACUCCUCCAAACCAGUGGAGAUAAUUCCUCACUCUGUGCUUUCCACUCCAACUUCCUCUCCACCAGAACAGUUGCUGGCACUACCUGCCCGUACAUCCAGGAGACUAUCUUCUUUAUCACCAAGUCCUGAGUUCUCUCCUGAAGUACGUUCACCAUCUCCGGCGUACUCUGAAUACUCUCGUGCUGGCCAAAUCUCACCACAUUCUGGUCAUUCCUACCACCAUGAUCGUCGUUCACCCAGUUGCAGCACAUAUUACAGAGGAAGGUCACGAUCACCAAGAUCGCCCGCGUUUUCAACUCAUUCGGGAUAUUCUAGGAGAUCCCGUCGUUCCACGUCGCCCUACUAUCACCAUAGGUCAUCCUCUCAUCAGCAUCGGUCUCCUCAAACCUCUCUCGUUCAAAAGCACCAAGCUUCCUCUGCCCCUUCAAGGCCACCAACUCCCUCCGGGUCUCCUUCUCACACCGGACAACCUCUUCCUGUUCGGGAUCCCGAACCUGAUCAAUCACCCACGCAUCAUUCUUCAUCGUCACCAAACGAUGCAGUUUUUCAAGGAGACACCUCACCAUCUGACGACCUACGCCAGUUUCAGGAGUUGUUUAAGAGAGUGGCGGAGAGUCAAAGCGUACAGCUGGGUGACGUGGAACAAAAACAACACCAUCUCCUCCGUAAUAUCAAACACACUCACCAGCCCAAGAUUUCGUUGCCACUGGACGCGGCCAUUCUUGAAAUUGCGGACGAUAUUUGGCAGCUCCCGGCAUCCGCCCCGCCGACGAAUAAGAAGGCGGAUAAAAAGUAUUUCGUCCCUGCUAAAGGGAUGGAAUUUCUCUUUACCCAUCCACAGCCUAACUCCUUGGUUGUGGAUGCAGUACAGCAAAAGGCAAAGAUGCCACAACACAAACUACUGCCGCAGACAGAGACAGUAAGCGUCUCAAUUUAUUCUGACGUAAAUUUUACUCCUCGGCAACACUCACUUUACGAAUGGCCAAUUAUUCCGCAUUGUUGGCGAAUCACAACUUCGACAACUACGCCAAGCUUGUACCACUGCUUCAACAUCUUCCAGAGGCAAAACGAGACAUUUUAAAGGCUGUAAUACAAGAGGGCUACGCAGCCUCUGGAACGGCCUUACAUAUUGCCCUGGAUACAGCUGACGCUGCAGCAUGCACGACUGCUACAUCAGUCGUUAUGCGCAGAGCAUCCUGGCUGCAACAGUCCUCUGCUCCCAAAGACCUCUUCUCGAAGGUCGAGGACCUACCCUUUGACAGGCAGAAUCUCUUUUCUGAUAAGACUGACCAACUUCUGCACUCAGGGAAGGACUCCAGAGCCACUUUAAAAACACUGGGCAUGUACACUCCUCCAUAUCGUAGAAAAUGGUAUACCCCCUACCAAAGGCAGAGGCCCCCCCUAUGACAAUCUCCUCAGUAUAGGCCUCAAGACCAACAAAGAGGUAGACAGCGGCAACAGCGGAGACGCCCGCCGCCCAAAGCAACUUCCCAACAGGGUACCAGACAGCAAGUUUGACGCGUCACUCGAGGGGUUGAGAACCAUUCCCAUCAGUACCAUUCUGAGUGCUACGAAGGCGAUAUUUCACCACCGUCU